AUGUCUUUUACUCAUAUUAGUAAUUAUUAUAAUAAACUCUUUGAAAAUUGAUGACUUAGAGUGGUAGUAGGAGAGGCAUUGUGUUUUCAAGCAGUUGAAGUAGCACUAAAUUUACAUUUUCUAUAAUGCCUUUCAACCAAGAGAUAAAGGACUCCUUAAACGUGAAAAUGAAUGGACUCUUGCAGGACAAGUCUGUGGUGAAAUACUGAAACUGUUUUAAUAUUUGCAUAACUUAAAGAUGGUAGUAAAUAACUCAGAUGCAACACAGUCCCAUUAAGGACUCUUUUUGCUCAGUCCUGCGGUUUAACCAUAAAAGAUCACCCCCUUGAAGAGUCUUAAGUCAUGUGUCAGUGAAGGAAUUCAAGCGGUAGAUGACCGGAUGGCUAAACAAGAAGAUAUUAGAAGAAAAAAGAUGUGUGUCCUGAGACUUAUUCAUGUUAUUCAGUCUGUUGAGAAAAUUGAGAAGAUUCUACAUUCCCAAGGCACUAAAGAAUUGUCCUCAUUAGAGGGAAACAGCCCACUUUUAACUGGACAAGUUUUAGAGAGAAUUGCCACAGAAUUUAAUCAACUACAAUUUCAUGCAGUACAAAGCAAAGGAAUGCCCCUUUUGGACAAAGUGAGACCACGUAUAGCUGGAAUAACAGCUAUGUUGCAACAGUCUCUGGAAGGGCUGCUCUUGGAAGGCCUUCAAACUUCAAAUGUUGACAUAAUACGUCACUGUCUUCGCACUUAUGCAACAAUUGACAAAACACGAGAUGCAGAGGCAUUAGUUGGUCAAGUGCUUGUAAAACCUUACAUAGAUGAGGUGAUUGUGGAACAGUACGUUCAAUCUCAUCCUAAUGGUCUUCAGGCUAUGUACAAUAAACUAUUGGAGUUUGUUCCUCAUCAUUGCCGUCUCUUGCGUGAAGUAACAGGGGGAGCUAUUUCAAGUGAAAAAGCAGAUAUUGUUCCUGGAUAUGAUUUCUUAGUGAAUUCAGUGUGGCCAGAAAUAGUACACGGUUUAGAAGAGAAAUUGCCAUCGCUGUUUAACCCUGGAAACCCAGAUGUGUUUCAUGAGAAGUACACUACUAGUAUGGAUUUCGUACGGAAAUUUGAACGACAGUGUGGCUCCCAAGCCAGUGUGAAAAGGUUAAGAUCUCAUCCUUCUUACCACAGCUUUAACAACAAAUGGAAUUUGCCUGUAUAUUUUCAAAUAAGAUUCAGAGAAAUAGCAGGGGCCUUAGAAGAAGCACUUUCAGAUACGUUAGAGGAAGCACCAGCUGGCAGCUCAUACUGUCUUUUGGCCACUCACAUGGUCUGGACGAGUCUUCUGAAGUGCUGGUCAGAUCAAAUGUUUUUACCAUUAUUAGCACACCGUCUUUGGAAACUUAGUCUGCAAAUUUUGGCACGCUACUCUGUGUUCGUUGGUGAGGUUUCUGUAAGGCCCAUUUCCAGUGAGAAUAUGAAGGAAAGCAAAAAAUCAGUGCCAGUUGGUAGAAAGGAAUCUUCUGUCAGCCUCAACCCUGGUGAGGACCAAGGGAACGGGGCUGCUCCAGAAAGUCAGCCCUUGCCUUCUGUAUCUAGUACUCAGUUGGUAUAUGUUGCUGCAGAUCUGGACAAACUCCAGGAUCAGAUUCCUGAUAUCUUAGAAAUGAUUAAACCAAAACUUGAAAUGAUUGGCUUCAAGAAUGUAUCUUGUAUUGCAGGAGCCUUGGAAGACUCAAAGACUUCUUUAUCAGCCUGCGUGCCUACCUUGAAUAACAGGAUUAUCCAGGAUCUCAGUGAGUCCUCCUUCGCUUACCUGAAGAGUGCACUGGAAGUUCCAAGACUAUAUAGGAGAACCAACAAGGAGGUGCCAACUAAAGCUUCACCUUAUGUUGAUAGCGCUCUUAAGCCCUUCUACCUACUACAGAAUGAAUACAAAGAUACAUUGAAGCAGCCCAUGGUUCAUCAAUGGUUGGAAGGUGCCCUCUCUGAAAGCACACAAAAGUAUUAUGAAACUGUAUCUGAUGUGCUAAGUUCUGUUAAGAAAAUGGAAGAGAGCCUAAAAAGGUUGAAGCAAGCCAGAAGAACUACAACUUCAAACCCUGUUGGUACAAAUGGGGGCAUGAGUGAUGAUAACAAAAUCCGACUACAGCUGGCCCUAGAUGUUGAGUAUUUUGGAGAACAAAUACGAAAGAUGGGAUUGGAAACAAGCAGCAUAAAAAGCUUUUCAGCCCUUACAGAGCUGGUUCUAACUGCCAAGGAUCAGCCUACAGCAGAACAAUCCUAGAUGUUUUCGAAAGCAUGUGAUUGAAGAUAAACAAUGUCCCUAAAAGAAAGAGAAUUUAACUCUUCUUUAUUUUACCAAAUAAGUAGCAAUGAAGUGCUUCCUAAUGUAUCUCGAGCAACAAAUCAGUGCAUCUUCUGUCAAGAUAGGCUUGUUUCACCAAAAGACUGAGAAUUUACCAUAGUUUUCCAUUAUAUGGAAAGCAAUGAAAAGUUCUAAACUUUCUACUGUAGAAUAAAAGUGGAAGAAAAUGUUUUUUUAUUUUUGUUGUACAUCUUAAAAUGUAGAAGAAUGAACUUAUAUGAUGAAAAUAACAUGUAAUAAAUUGUCUUCCUAA